CAGCCUCAAGUCCUUCCUGCGACCAUCUGGACGUGGAGUGACAGCCACAGGGACACAGCAAUGGGUCUGUUCUCAGAGUUGAGGCUGGCUGUGCCUUGGGGCCACAUUGCUGUCAAAGUCUGGGGCUCCCAGAAGAACCCUCCAGUCCUCUGCCUGCAUGGCUGGCUGGACAAUGCCAACUCCUUUGACAGACUCAUUCCUCUUCUUCCACAAGACUUUCAUUAUGUGGCCAUGGAUUUCGGAGGUCACGGGCUCUCCUCCCAUUACAGCCCAGGGCUCCCGUAUUACCACCUACAUUUUGUGAGUGAGGUCCGAAGGGUAGCAGCAGCAUUUAAAUGGAAUCGGUUUUCCUUCAUGGGCCACAGUUUUGGUGGCACUGUGGCCGGCAUGUUUGCCUGCAUCUUCCCCGAGAUGGUGGACAAACUGAUCUUGCUGGAAUCAACGCCACUUGUCCUGGACUGUAAUGAACCAGAGAAUAUCCUGACCUACAAACAGAGGAACAUAGAACACAUGUUGCAAGUGGAAGCUUCCCAGAAUUCCUUGAGGGUGUCCAACAUGGAAGACUUGUUACAGAGGCUCCUGAAUAAAAAUAGCCACUUGAAUAAAGAGUGUGGGGAACUCCUGCUACAGAGAGGAACCAGGAAGAUGGGCACAGGUGUGGUGCUGAACAGGGACCGGAGGCUGGCUAUGCCAGAACACAGCUUGGACUUCGUGAACAAGGAGAUGCUUGUGCACUUUAUCAGACACCUGCGGGCCAAUGUGCUGAUGAUCAUCGCAACACAGGGGUACUAUGAUCUGAGAGAAGCCAACGAUGAGAUGAAGCCCCUGCUCAUCAUGGUGGACACACUAAGAACCAUCCUAAAAGAGCGGUUCCAGUAUGUGGAAGUCCCAGGCAAUCACUACAUCCACAUGAACGAUCACCACCUUGUGGCUGGACUUGUCAGCUCCUUCCUCCAGAGCCAACCCAGGACAGCUUUGAUGCUGUAGCUCUGUCUUUGGAGCUUGGUCACACUUUCUCUCCAGCCCCCUCAGCCCACACAAAGGUGGGUGGGUCUCACUGGGCUUGAAGACCAAGAGAGGCAGCAGAGAAUCCUGUGUCAGAGCUUGGGGCAGGGGUAAAUGUUUCUGAUCUUUAAUAUCUGACUUCAAGAAGGGGACAGGUGAGCUGGUGACAAUCACGGCCAGGACUGGGGAGGGGUCCCUGGAGCUGGU